CAAAUAAAUAUGUCACGAUAAUCACGUAACCAAAAACUUUAGCUUCUUUUUUGUAAAACUCAAAAAUAAAUAUCUUUGGCUUCUUCCAUUCUCUCUUUCACCUUUUCAGUUUCACUCUGACUGUGUAUAUAUAUAUACAUAUACACAUAUAUAUAGAGAGAAGAUAUUGAUUAGCAUUGAUUAUGGAGAAUACGAGUGGUAAUAACACUCCGUCGCCGACGGUACUGGACGAAUGCAACAGAAGAGAGCCACUUCUCACACCAUCACCGCCUGUGGACGUCGCCGGUUUUUCGCCGGAAAACAGUUCUUGGAGACUCGAUCUCAGCGACUUCCAAUUGCCGUCAGACCAUGGCGGUUCCAACCAUGCCAACGACGGACGUUGCUCCUUCGCUUUACGUCGUUUACUUUGCCAACCAGGGAAACAAUACAAAGUUGCAGAGUACUAUAAACAGCAAGAAAGACUUCUUGAAGGCUACAAUGAGAUGGAGACCAUGACUGAAAAUGGCUGCUUCCCUGAGAGCCUAACUGAGGAUGAAGUAAAGCAAUUAGCAAAGAGUGAGAGGUUGGCAGUCAAUGCAUCAAACAUAGCUAACUUAGUUCUUUUUGCAGCAAAAGUUUAUGCUUCAAUAGAGAGCAAAUCACUAGCUGUGAUUGCCUCAACUCUGGAUUCAUUAUUGGAUCUCUUAUCAGGCUUUAUACUGUGGUUCACUGCCUAUUCCAUGAAAAACCCAAAUCAUUAUAACUAUCCCAUUGGAAAGAAUCGUAUGCAACCAGUGGGCAUCAUUGUUUUUGCAUCUGUAAUGGCAACUCUUGGCUUACAAAUAUUGCUUGAGUCCAUUAGGCAUCUGGUCACAAAAUCUGCAACUCAAAUGAAUAUUGUGGAAGAGAAAUGGAUGAUUGGGAUCAUGGUUUCAGUGACAAUAGUGAAGUUUUUCUUAAUGCUUUACUGUAGAAGAUUUAAAAAUGAAAUAGUUCAAGCCUAUGCACAAGAUCAUUUCUUCGAUGUUGUUACUAAUUCAGUUGGUUUAGCAGCAGCUGUCCUAGCCGUCCGAUAUGCCUGGUGGAUUGAUCCUACCGGUGCUCUCAUUAUAGCAUUAUACACAAUGAACACAUGGGCAAGAACAGUGAUUGAGAAUGUUUGGUCACUGAUUGGAAGAACAGCUCCACCAGAUUUUCUAGCAAAGCUAACAUAUCUGAUAUGGAAUCACCACAAAGCAAUUAAGCAUAUCGACACGGUUAGAGCUUACACAUUUGGUUCUCAUUACUUUGUAGAGGUUGAUAUUGUCCUCCCAGAAGACAUGAUUCUGAUUGAGGCUCAUAACAUUGGUGAGAACCUGCAAGAGAAGCUCGAACAACUCCCCGAGGUAGAACGAGCUUUUGUUCAUAUCGAUUUCGAGUUUACUCACAGGCCAGAACACAAAAGAAAGGUUUGAUGAAUCACAAUGACAAAUCAUGACAUUCAUCAUCAUCAUUUCAAGGUUUCUUUCUAUAGUCUAUGAAUAAUAUAAUAAGCUGCUCAUUUUUUAUGUUUGGCCUUGUUUUUUUUCUUUCUUUCUUGUGUGAAUGAAAUACUAAUGUAUCUUUUUUAUAAUCUUUUUCGUAGAAUCAGAUUAUUAUAUAAGUUUUUUUGUGUAAUUAUAUAAAGUUGGGUUCAACUCUC